CUCCCGUUAACGUUGCCCGGAUCAGUGUAAUAGAACUCCCUCAUUGAUUGUCGCUCGGGAAAGAAGCUGGGUUGGGUCCACGGAAUUUCAUACAGAGCCAGUUUUCUGCAACUGCACCACACAUUUCUUUAGCUUUUUCAUAUUAACAUAAGCUUGAGGUACAUGCAUCGCUUAUUUUUAACAAGUAGUUAGCUAGUGCCGAUGGUUUGAACCAAUUUAAAACAGAGUCGGUAACCUAUCGUGCAUUCAUUUUCGACGAAAGCAAAACGAGUGCGAAUGACGAGAACGCAUUAGCUAAACUAGUUUUCAAUAGGUUUUCAACCUAACUAGCUAGCUGAAAUAUAACCAGACAUGGACGACAAGUCAUUCACUAAGGAAUUGGAUGGGUGGAUUGAGCAACUCGGCGAAUGCAAGCAGCUCUCGGAAAACCAAGUGAAAGCCCUUUGCGAGAAGGCCAAAGAGAUCCUGACGAAGGAGUCUAAUGUGCAGGAGGUGAGAUGUCCAGUCACCGUGUGCGGAGAUGUCCAUGGACAGUUCCAUGACUUGGUGGAGCUGUUUAAAAUUGGAGGGAAGUCUCCAGACACCAACUACCUCUUCAUGGGAGACUAUGUGGACAGGGGCUACUACUCUGUAGAGACAGUCAGCCUCCUGGUAUCUCUCAAGGUGAGGUACCGUGAGCGAAUCACCAUCCUCCGAGGGAACCACGAGAGCAGACAGAUCACCCAGGUGUACGGCUUCUACGACGAGUGUUUAAGGAAAUACGGAAACGCCAACGUCUGGAAGUACUUCACAGACUUAUUUGACUACCUGCCCCUCACUGCCCUGGUAGAUAACCAGAUCUUCUGUCUCCACGGUGGACUGUCCCCCUCUAUAGACACACUGGAACACAUCAGAGCGUUGGAUCGCUUACAGGAAGUUCCUCAUGAGGGUCCGAUGUGUGACCUGCUGUGGUCAGACCCCGAUGACCGUGGCGGCUGGGGCAUCUCUCCCCGCGGUGCCGGCUACACCUUUGGACAGGACAUCUCGGAGACCUUCAACCAUGCUAACGGACUCACCCUGGUCUCCAGAGCUCACCAGCUGGUCAUGGAGGGUUAUAACUGGUGCCAUGACCGUAACGUAGUGACUAUCUUCAGUGCACCCAAUUACUGCUAUCGCUGUGGAAACCAGGCCGCCAUCAUGGAGCUGGAUGACACACUCAAGUACUCCUUCCUUCAGUUUGACCCCGCCCCUCGCAGAGGAGAGCCCCAUGUGACCCGCCGUACUCCUGACUACUUCCUGUAAAAGAUCGCAAUGCGUGUAAAGCUGUAGAAUCUUCUUAGUCAACGUGAAGGAGAAGGUGGGGGAAAAGGGAGCAACCGACCAUCGGUAUAGAAUUGUGACAAAUUCAGCAUCCAUGGACCAAAAAGUGUGCCAUAAUUUCACAAUGCAAAAAUGGUGAGGGGGGGGGGGGGUUCUGAUUCAACUUUAAAGAAGACCACACAGCCUACACCCACCACAGUCCACUUCCUACUCUCUCUCUGCAUGUUGUAUUUAUGUCUCUGAAAAGGAUUCUUCAUUAUAAAGACUACAGUAUAUAUAUAGUUAAAAGGGUGCCAUUUUGGAAGGAGCCAGUCUCACAGUACCUGCUGGUUUUUGUCAGGUAAAAUAUCUGCUUUGAAUGAAUGCAUCUGCUGAGAUUAAUGCUUAAAUGUAACCCUUGUGUUAGGAGCGUAAUUAAGAUAUAGAAUGGUUUGCCAGAACUAAACUCGGCAUGGCCUCCAACUGGAUGUUUGUGGUAAACAUGAUAUAUUGACAUUAUUUCAAACAGAAAUUCAAUGGCUUUUUUGUGUGUGAAUUUAAAUCACUGUUUUCAGGGUUGGGUGGAAUUUAAUUCUUUGUUUGCACUUUUGUAUUUAAUUUUUUAUCACAUGACACUGACAAACUACAGCAUUCUGUUUUAUAUUUCACCCCCAGAAAAUAGUGUUUCUGUCACUCACCUGUCACUGUGACUGACAUCUAUUUCAGUUAGGAAUACCUGUACAAAAUUAUAUCCCUUGUUAUACACUGAACAAAAAUAUAAACGCAACAUGUAAAGUGCUGGUCCCGUGUUUCAUGAGCUGAAAUAAAACAUCCCAGAAAUGUUC